AAAAUGUUGAAAAUAAUCAUCGCUCUGUUCGCCGUCCUCCUGGUCUGCGAUGCUGGUCCAUUGUUCCUGGAAAUCGCCUAUGACGAAGAAGGAAAGCAAUAUGGCCUGCUGCCACUGGAGGAUUACAUAGGGAAACCUGUGGAAGUAUUUCAGCAGACCAGGCAGAAAAGACAGUCGGUAUCAGUGGACGCCAAACCUGGCGCCUUGGGAGGAACCAGGGUGACUGCAGAAGUUGCAGGAACUCUAUACAACAACAAUGGACACAAAUUGGACGGAAAUGCCAAUUGGGCUCGUACUUAUAGACAACCAGGAGUCGGAACUGGACCAGUAACUGUCGGAGGAGGUCUUCAGUAUUCUCGUGAGGGCAAAGGACAUGUCGGUGUUAAUGCUCAACAUACUCGAGGAUUCGGCACUGAUGUUGGUGCAAAUGCUGGUGUCAAUUUAUGGAGAGCCAAUAAUGGUCGUACAAGUUUGGACGCUGACGCCUACGCCAGUAAACACUUUGGAGGUGCUUUUGGAACUGGAAGAACUAAUUAUGGAGGAGCGUUAAAUUUUAGACACAGAUUUUAG